AGCCAGCCCCUGCCAUCCCCUGCCAGCUAGUGAACGCUGCUACUGGAGCUGCUGUACCCUGCAGAGAGCUGUGUGUGUGUAUGUAUGUGUGUGUGUGUGUGUGUGUGUAAGUGUAUGAGUGUACGCAGAUGGGAAAGCAACUGAGUCAGGGAGGGCUGCCUCUCAUCUCUCCGCUUGUUAUCACCAUCCUUCACUCUCCCUCCUCUCCUCCUCCGCUGCCAUGGAGCUCCAGCAGGCUGAAUCACAACAGCGUCUGCAGAAAGGGCUGAGGUAGUUGUGUAUGCGUGUGCGGUGCUCCGUUGGGCCAGUAUGGAGUGUGUGUGUCCGAGAAGGUGGGCAUCAGGCUCUGCUGUUGUGUUCCUUCACACACUGGCCUUAUCCUGGUCAGGUGCAAUUGAGCCCGCUGCCAAAAUUGACGGACGGCAGCGGGCGGCUGUGACACUGCAGGAGAAUAUGACGCACUGGUUCAACUGCCAAUCAGACGGCUGGGAUCCCCGUGCCCCUCCCUUGUUAACAUGGUACCUGAAUGGGGAGCAACAGAAAGCGCCUCCGCCCAAACGCGGGCGCCUGGUGAUGACACCACAGGAAGCUUCUGAGGUUGUGAGACCGGAGACCAAUCGCAACAGCACCUUCUCUCUGAGGGCCAGGAAGUGGGACAGGGAGCUUGUGUGCGUCGCGUCAAACCCCAGGACAGGGGAGAGCUACAAUGCCACGGUCACACUCAACGUACAGUUUCAGCCAGAGAUCCUCAGGCUGAACGCCCUCUACAGUGAAACCUCAGACCCCGGCCUUUCCCUGGUCCUCUUUGCCUUGGUACGCUCCAACCCACCUGCCACCAUCACCUUCGUGGACCAGUCAGGCCAGCUGGUGGCCAACACCUCUGACUUUCUCAUCCUGGACUCACGAAGCUACCCCUGGCUGACCAAUCACACGCUGAAGGUCACACUCAACAACCUAUCAGGGAACAUUUCACUGAACGUCAGCAACAGUGUGGGAACGGUGCAGAGCAACCUCACACUGGCAGAGUUCCUGCAGUCCCGUGUGGAGGUGCCCAUGCUGGGAAUCGUGACUGGAGGAGCCAUGGCCUUUAUGGCCCUCCUCAUCCUCAGUCUGAUUGUUCUCUGCCUCAUGCAAAAAAACAAGACUAAGUCCUUUGAUGAGCCAGUGGAGAUUCUGAUGACCAAGAAAAGUGACUCAGCCAAUCUGAAGACAGAGAAAGCUGAUAAGACCUACAUCCCCCGAGAGAACAUGUCUCUGCCGUCCAACAUGCAGCUCAACGACCUCAACACUUUGAGAAAAGCCCGAGAGGCCGCCCAGCAGAACAGUGUGGGAGAGAAGAAGAAAGAGGAAGAGGAGGAGGAAGAUCUGUCUUUAGCCUACGCCGCCAGAGGUUUUGCCAGAUACCCGAUGGUGGGCUACAUCUAUAAGGUGAACAGCACAAGUAGCGAGGAGAUCUGGCUCUGACUGACCUCGAAGUUACACACAAACACACACUGUACAUGCAUGCAUUACUUCAUCCAAAUUUUGCAGCCGUCCAAGAGGAAACCCAGAGCAACUGCUAGUCAGGCAUUCAACUAAUCCUCAGUCAUGUUUAAGCUGGACCAGGAUGAAAAGAAAGCAGAUAUUGGACCUCACGCAAGAAAAGAUAUACAAAUUAAUUUUCUCUUAUUUCUGCUCAUAUCCAGGAUUUGCUCUUAUUUUGUCAGUACCCAUUGAUUUUUGGUAUUCACCAAUGUUUUCUUACUUUUGCUUGUCUCUUAGGUAAGACACCAUUUUACAAGUGGUUGAGAGCCUCUUACUAAGAUAAGAGAAAAACAUCUUGCAUUCACGCACCAAAGAUCGUUGUCCAACAAAAGGAAAAUGCAUUUAUAUUUAAGGAACAUUUAAAAAAGUGAAUGAAUAUCAUUUAAUCAAAUUUAGAUGAGGUUUUAGAGUAACUUGAGUUACUUGAGUAUUUUAAUCUCAUGCACCUUUCAACUCCUCUACCCUUAGGAGGGAAAUAUUAUUCUUUUUACUCAACUGCUAUUACUAGAUAACUAUUUUACAAAUAAGAUUUUUGCGUACAAACCAAAAAAUUUGUCAGUUAAUUAGAAAAUUAAUUGGCAGC